UCCCCUCCAGCCUCUGGAUCCCGCAAUGCCCUCCCUCCCCUCCCUCUGGCGGUGCGGGGUUGGGGAUGUGCCUCUGUACUACUAAGGUGGGAGGGGGCUGCAAGGAGAGGAUAACGUCAGAUGCUCAGUUCUCCCCUUCUGCCUGACGCUCCUGUCUGGAUUCGCCAGGGCUGGGCUCUGUAAGAAAUAACAGGAGCCCUGGCCGCGGCUGGAGGAAGAGACUAAGGCGCACGCACCCUGAAAAGUCCGUGUACUCGCGGUAACCUCCCAGCGAGGUCCCACGGCCGUCAGCACCAUGGACAGCGGUGUCCCCAAGCCCGCCAGCAACUGCACCGAUCCCUUCCCUCACUCUUCAAGUUGCGCCACAGCACAGAGCCCCGGUUCCUGGGUCAACUUCUCCCACUUGGAUGGCAACCUGUCCGACCCGUGCGGUCCGAACCGCACCGAGCUGGGCGGGAGCGACGGCCUGUGCUCUUCGACCAGCAGCACCCCUUCCAUGGUCACGGCCGUCACGAUCAUGGCCCUCUACUCCAUCGUGUGUGUGGUGGGUCUCUUCGGAAACUUCCUGGUCAUGUACGUGAUUGUCAGAUACACCAAAAUGAAGACAGCCACCAACAUCUAUAUCUUUAACCUCGCUCUGGCAGAUGCCUUGGCGACCAGCACCCUGCCAUUCCAGAGCGUCAAUUAUCUCAUGGGAACAUGGCCAUUUGGAACCAUCCUCUGCAAGAUAGUCAUCUCCAUAGAUUACUAUAACAUGUUCACCAGCAUAUUCACCCUCUGUACCAUGAGUGUUGAUCGCUACAUUGCGGUCUGCCAUCCCGUCAAGGCCCUAGAUUUCCGUACUCCCCGCAAUGCCAAAAUCAUCAAUGUCUGCAACUGGAUCCUCUCUUCAGCCAUUGGUCUGCCCGUGAUGUUCAUGGCAACAACAAAGUACAGGAAUGGUUCCGUAGACUGUACACUAACAUUCUCUCACCCCGCCUGGUACUGGGAAAACCUGCUGAAAAUCUGUGUCUUCAUCUUUGCCUUCAUCAUGCCUGUCCUCAUCAUCACGGUGUGCUAUGGACUGAUGAUCUUACGCCUCAAGAGUGUCCGCAUGCUCUCUGGCUCCAAAGAAAAGGACAGGAACCUUCGAAGGAUCACCAGAAUGGUGCUGGUGGUCGUAGCCGUGUUCAUCGUCUGCUGGACCCCCAUCCACAUUUACGUCAUCAUCAAAGCCUUGAUCACCAUCCCAGAAACAACUUUCCAGACGGUUUCCUGGCACUUCUGCAUUGCUCUAGGUUACACCAACAGCUGCCUGAACCCCGUCCUCUACGCAUUUCUGGACGAAAACUUCAAACGAUGCUUCAGGGAGUUCUGUAUCCCAACGUCCUCCACCAUUGAGCAGCAAAACUCCACUCGAAUCCGUCAGAACACAAGAGACCACCCCUCCACGGCCAAUACCGUGGAUAGGACUAACCAUCAGUGCCCACCCACAUCUUCCCUCUGCUUUCGGCACUUUAGAGUGUGGCUGUCGGCAGUAUACCCUGGACCACUGCUGUGGCCUCUCGUCACCUCUGGUCCUCCCAGCACCCUCCACUCGCCCUGUCCUCCGGGCCAUUCAGCCCCCAGCUCCGUGCUGGAGCGUUUCUCCUGACUUCAGCACGACUCUCCUUCAGUUGCCCUUGACAGUGCCCUUGACUCCCUUCCAAAUCUAGCACUUUCACAUCAUUGUG